AAGAUCUUAAAUAGUGAAAAACUAUUUUUAGUCAUGUUGUUUUUCUUUACAAAUUCCUUUCUUCUGAUCAGAGGCGGAGCUAGCCUAUUAAAGGGGGGUUCGGCGGAAAAUUAUAUUAUUAAUACACGGUUAAAAUAAUUUUUAUUUAUGUAUUCUAGAUGUUGAACCCCCUUCGAUGAGUUUUUUGAACCCCUAAACAAAAAUCCUGGCUCCGCCUCUGCAAACCAAACAACAAGUACCUUUCUUUUGAUCAAAGGCAAAGAUCUGCGCGGUGUUCAGAAUAUUUCUAUAUAAUAUUUCAUCCAGAGAAAGCAAAGAACUCACCAGCAAACCAAAUAAAAGAAACGAAAAUGGAUCUAACGUACAAUGCUGCGGUGGAAGGCAAUAUCAGUAAUGGAGAUUUUUCACUUGCUGAAUAUCUGGAAAGGGAUGAAGAAAAUGGGUACCAAGUCACUCCAACGGGUAACAUAAUAUUACACGCGGCAGCCCAUUAUGGCUGCUCCCAUUUCGUUGCAGAAGUCCUUAAGAUUACUCCGGCAUUGUUAUGCCAUCAAAACAAAAAGAAUGAGACUGCACUUCAAAUAGCAGCUAAUGAAGGUCACAUCGAAGUAGUCCACUUGCUACUUAGUAUAGAGGAGCAUUAUAAGGAGAAACUCAUGAGAAUGACAGAUGAGAAUGGAGAUACAGCCCUGCACAAGGCCGUGAGGAGCCGACAUCAAGAUGUAGCCAGACUCUUAGUGAAAGAAGAUCUUGAAUUCGAAUUUCCAUCCAACAAGGCCCGGGAGACACCACUGUAUCUGGUAGCUGAGUCUGGUCUUCGUGAAACUUUGAUUGAAAUCUUGAACUCCUGUAAGCAACCAACUUCUUCUGCAGGUCCAUUAAAUCGAACACCUCUGCAUGCAGCAGUAAUUCAGGAACACACGGUACUGUUCUGCUUUGGACUGUUUUUUCUUGAGCUUAGAGUCUAUUGGAAACAGCCUCUCUGUGGUAAGAUUGUGCGAGAUUGCUAAUGCAAUGGAAUAAAUCUUUGUGUGAGGAACCUGACGUGGGGGGUUGGAAUUCACUGUACUUUGCUUCUCUUUUAGGAUUGAAAGAAGUAGUUUCCGAUAUGCUGGGUGGAAAAAAUCCUUAGCCUACCUUCCAGCUGGUAGUGAAAAUGACUGGACAACAGCAAUUCACAUUGCAGCCGAUGCAGGUAAGGUAGAUGUUUUACAUGAGCUAUUAAAUCACUGCCCUGAUUGCUGGGAAAUGCUCGACAGCAACGGAUGAAAUGCUCUUCAUGAAGCCAUAUUCUGCAGUCGAGCAAAUGUGGUCAGUUACUUGUUGAAGCCCACAAAGUGGGAUAAGCUUAUCGAGGAUCCAGACAACGAUGGCAACACUCCUCUCCAUUUGCUUGCUUCCUCUAAUUUUUCGGGCUAUGUGCCUCUGGAAUUAAAAGAUCAUCCCCGAACAAAGAAG